AUUACACGUGUGGAGUUCCACCUCCAAUCGGAUAAGUAUGUUUCACGUACAGCCUGCAGUCACUUUUUACGUUUGACACAGUCCUCGGAAUCCAGCUCCCGUUUUUGAUUUUCUCGCUAUCGAUUCACUACCAGCCCCACUUUCGUAGUACUUUUUGCACUUUAUUUCCUCUUAUUUCCCGACUCAUCGAACAUCAUUUCAGAAGAACUCCCGGUCUCACAACAAGGAUGGAAGGACGAACCUUGGGCAAUCCAAGUUUUCGCUUUCCGGGGCGGCCGAGGUACAUUUCCAAGGGCGAUUCCCGCGCCGACAUGACAACUCGGAACAGCUUCUCUGCUCCACCGCCGUUGCUGCUGAAGGGCUCGACUCUUUGCCAGCUCUGCUGCUGGUUCUGCAGCUCGAGCAAGAAUCCGGGCUUUUCCUUUGCGGCGCACGUCGUGCAGCAAGGGACGGACCAGCACGGAGGUGGUUUUCCAGCAGAGCCCGUUCCCAUCCAAGAAUCCUACUUCGUGCCACUCGGAAAGGAGCGCGAGGCUUCUAUGGGUGCGACGACCGAGGAGGGCGAUGAAGCCAGCGCAGGCUGCGGUGACGCUUGCGGGACGGAGCAGGAUCUAAAGGAGGAGACAGGGCCUGAAGGAGGCGAAUUUUCUGGGGCCCCCCUCUUGGGUGGAGGUGGAGAGAGUGGAGCAGGAACGCUGUCGAUACCGGAGUCGAUCGAUGUUUAUCGAGGGACCGGCGAUUAUUACUUUAACACUGAAGAUGUAGAUCUUCCUUACGGAGAAUGUAAGCUACAUCCCGGGCGCAAGGCGAACGUCUGUGUUCCACCGAGGGGAUACGUUCCACUGUACACCAGUGAAAGAAGUGGAUUACAUCCAUCGCUGCAAGGGCGACCUACUUCAGAUAGGUUCGUUGACAGAAAAGCACGUGGCAACGCUCAAGUUCAGGAAGGCACCCAGUGA